AUGUCACUGGGUGAGCAGUCUCAAAAGUGGUUUCCAACCCAUGUCCAAGCCACUGUCCUGCAAGCAGCUGGUUUGUCUGCAAAGGGCAAAAAUGGGACAAAUGAUUCCUACACAAUCAUCCAAGUGGGCAAAGAGAAGUACUCUACAUCGGUGGCGGAGAAGACGCUGGACCCGGUCUGGAGAGAAGAGGCCACGUUUGAGUUGCCUGGACUUUUAGUGACUGGGAACCCAGAGGUGUACGAACUCGUCCUCACAGUGAUGCACCGCUCUCUGGUCGGGAUGGACAAGUUCCUGGGGCAAACUACAAUCAAUCUCAAUGUACACUUUGAAAACAGGCAGCGGAACAAAAUUGACUGGUAUCCACUGCAGUCCAAACCGGGCACCAAGAGUAAGGAGCGCGGCCGCAUCCAGGUCCUCAUCCAGUUUGUGCGGAACAACAUGACGGCCAGCAUGUUCGACCUGUCCAUGAAGGACAAGCCGCGCUCUCCUUUCUUCAAGCUCAAACACAAGAUCAGAGGUCGGAAACACGAUGCAGGCUUCUCCGACACAUCCUCCGCCAUAUUGCCUCGCUCUGCCCUGGCCGACUCGGAGCAGGGCGCUCAGCAGGGGACCUCCGAAGUGCCUGAAGCAACAGCAGCAACAGCAGGAUCUGAAGCCAAAGUGAAGAGGCCCCUCUUGUCUGGAGCUCACAGACUGUCCGCGGCUCAGUCCAUGUCAGAUCUGAUGGGGACCAACUUCAGACCCAAACUGAACUCUAUGAACUCCAUAGAAGAGAGCAGAGGAGGCAGCUCCGGUCACAGACGUUCCACAGACGACCACGCUGACCCCUUCACUGACGUCACGGACGGGCUGCCGCAGAAGUACGCCACGCUCCCGCGCAAAGGCAACCCGUUUGACAGCGAGGCGGGGGGGCAGCAGAUGUGGGACCGGCCCAAAGACAAGAAGGAAAAAGUGAGUCUGCUGGAGAGGGUGACCGGGAAGAAGGACGGGAAGAAGAGUAACGGGGGCAAAGGCGGCAGCACUGGAGACCUGCACACCCCCAACCCCUUCACCGGUGGCACCAACCCUUUCACCUCCAACUUCAAACCCAGUGACCGAAAAUUCAGCGGAAACGAAGGCCUCAAAGACAAGAAGAAGGUGAGUUUACCAGUGUGA